UAAGAAACACCUUCCGCGUGUCAUCCGGGUAGUGUUUUGGGGAAAAAAUCCCUAAAGGAAAUUGAUAUGUGGGCAGCGUGGAAGAAGAGUUAGGUAGAGUUAGUAAAAGUGUAGCAUUUAGAAAAUGGAAGAGAUCGAUUCUUUUCUCUGUGGGAUGAAUAAUACUGCAGCCAGCCCAAUGUCCACUUCAAGUAGUGGAAGAAGUACAGGGAAGUCUACAAGCUUUGCCUCAGAAUUGCAGAGCAUGAUGUUUUCUUUAGGUGAUGCUAGGAGGCCUCUUCAUGAAACAGCAGUUUUGGUAGAAGAUGUGGUACACACUCAGUUAAUUAAUCUGUUACAGCAAGCUGCUGAAAUUUCUCAGCUUCGGGGAGCAAGGGUAAUAUCUGCUGAAGAUCUUCUGUUUUUGAUUCGCAAAGAUAAGAAAAAACUUAGGAGACUGCUGAAAUACAUGUUUUUCCGAGACUACAAAUCAAAGAUUGUCAAAGGUAUAGACGAGGAUGAUCUUCUCGAAGACAAAUUGAGUGGCAGUAGUAAUGCAAACAAAAGACAAAAGAUUGCUCAAGACUUUCUCAACUCUAUUGACCAAACAGGAGAACUCUUAGCAAUGUUUGAAGAUGAUGAAAUUGAUGAAGUUAAACAAGAAAGAAUGGAGAGAGCAGAAAGACAAACUCGAGUUAUGGAUUCAGCUCAAUAUGCAGAAUUCUGUGAAAGUCGACAAUUAAGUUUCUCAAAAAAAGCCUCCAAAUUUCGUGACUGGCUGGACUGCAGCAGUAUGGAGAUCAAACCCAAUGUCAUUGCUAUGGAAAUCUUAGCAUAUUUAGCGUAUGAAACUGUGGCACAGUUAGUGGAUCUGGCGCUUCUUGUGAGGCAGGACAUGGCAACCAAGGCAGGCGACCCAUUCAGCCAUGCCAUUUCGGCAGCCUUCAUUCAGUAUCACAGCUCUGCUGAGGGAUCUUGCAUAAAGUCUUACCCAGACUCUCCUGAGAAUACCCCCCCUCCUACACCAACUGCUCCAUCAUCUGGAUCACAGCACUCAGGGAAAACCACAUCAGCAUCCCUAGGGAAUGGGAAUGUUGGACAAGACUCAGCUAAAACCAAGCAAAGGAAAAGAAAAAAGAGCACUGCGGCCUGUGGUGUGGAGGCUCACAGCGAUGCCAUCCAGCCCUGCCACAUCAGAGAGGCUAUUCGACGCUACGGCCACAGGAUUGGCCCCCUUUCCCCAUUCACAAGUGCCUACCGCCGGACGGGAAUGGCUUUUCUGGCCUGCUGAUGUGACCGUGACCGCGACAACAGGAAAGGCGGGGUUAUAGUAGGUGAUUUCUGUGCCCCUCUUUGGACAAAAUAAAAUACAAGCUUACCUUCCCUGUGUCCUCGGGAGUGGGUUGGUUUGUUGUGACUAUCAACUGGCUGGCUCCAGCUCUUCCCCAGCCCCCUCAGUGCUUAGUCUUGUGUACUGGAUGGGCCGUUCAGCUAAUUAAUGGCAGGAUGUUUGGGAUAGUGUGUAGGUGGACAAGAAUGCAGAUCACACAAUUUUGAAAUUUUAAUUUAGAAUGAUUUACUGCCCUCAGCUCACAUAUCUUAAAAGCAGUGUCUUUUUUUUUUUUUCAGUGUUUAGUCUAUGUUUUACAUGAUGCAUUUUGUAAGCCAAGUUUGGGACAAAGAAAACAAAUUAAAAGGAUGGUCAGUUUUCCCCUUGCACUGUCCCACCAACUUCACUUUUCAACAUUUGUUGACUACCAUCUACAUGUAUUUUAGAAACAAAUAUCUAUUUUAUAAACGCAUACUGAUAAAAAACCUGAGUAACUGUCUGUUCCCAUCUUCUCUUCCCUUCACCCACUUACAGGACAUGUGUCCUUGCCUUCUCCCCAGCUUCCUGCAUCUCUGCCCACCGCCUGUGUUCUUCCCCACUUAGACCCUCAUCCCCACCUUCAUUCCUCUCCUCUCCCUGACCUCCAGUCCCCAGGCCGAGCACUCACAUGCGCCGUACCCAUCUAGAAGCAGAGUAAUCAGAGUCAGUAGAGGAGGUGCUGGCUGAUAUGCUUCCCCGCUUCAGUCACUGCCGCCCCGGGCUGCAGCUGUGGCCCGGGGAGUUCCGGCCGGUAGCUUCUGGGCUGCCCUUCUGGUCGCUCUGCUUUCUCCAGAAGUGUGGAACUGUAACCCUCGGGAACAAAUCAAAAUAUAGCAGAUGUAAUUGUACAGUUCCUGAUUAAACUUGAAUUGCAAAAAACAAAAAAACAAAAAAAACAGGAAGUUAUUCUUUUAAUUUUGUAGGAGUUUUGUGUAAUUUUAUUUUCAUCACGGUUUUUCCU